UGCUUUCUGGACCUGGCUGAGCAAGAGGCGCCAUCAUGGGUGUUGACAUUCGCCACAAGGACCGAAAGGUUCGGCGCAAGGAGCCCAAGAGCCAGGAUAUCUACUUGCAGCUGCUAGUCAAGCUGUACAGGUUUCUGGCCAGACGGACCAACUCCACCUUCAAUCAGGUUGUGCUGAAGAGGUUGUUCAUGAGCCGCACCAACCGGCCACCUCUGUCCCUGUCCCGGAUGAUCCAAAAGAUGAAGCUUCCUGGCUGGGAGAACAAGACCGCUGUGGUUGUGGGGACGGUCACAGAUGAUGUGCAGAUUCUGGAAGUGCCCAAGCUAAAGGUGUGUGCACUGCGGGUGACCAGCCGCCGAAGUCACAUCCUCAAGGCUGGGGAAGACCAGCUGGCUCUGGAGUCUCCCAAGGGCCGAGGCACUGCGCUCCUGUCUGCUCCUCGGAAGGGCCGGGAGGUGUACCGACAUUUUGGCAAGGCCCCAGGAACCCCACACAGCCACACCAAACCCUAUGUCCGUUCCAAGGGCCGGAAGUUCGAACGUGCCAGAGGCCGAAGGGCCAGCCGAGGCUACAAAAACUAACUUUGGGAUCUGAAGAG